AUGGUCAAGAGAAAUCAAUCAACGAUCACAGAAUUUCUCCUCUUGGGAUUUGGAGAACUUCACAACAUCAAGAUUUUAGUUUUCACUCUCUUCCUGGUCAUCCAUAUCAUGACCUUGAUAUCAAAUGUCUUGGUAAUUGUCCUGGUCGGGGUCAGCCAGAGUCUCCACUCCCCCAUGUACUUCUUUCUCAGCCAGUUGUCCUUGUCUGAAAUCCUGUUCACCAGUGACAUUGUGCCCAACAUGUUAUGGCUGAUACUGGUGGGGGGAGGAAAAGUAUUGGUUGCCCGGUGUAUGGCUCAGUUGUACCUUUUGACUGUUCCAACUAUUGCUCAGUGCUUGUUUUUGGCGGCUAUGUCCUUUGACCGACAUGUGGCCAUCUGCAGACCAUUACACUAUGCCACCAUCAUGACCUUCUCUCACCAGCUUCAGUUGGUCAUCGCUUGCUGGUUCAUAGGGUUCACCUUGGCCCUUUUUAUAUACAUUUUCUUAAAGCAGUUAACAUUUUGUCACCUUAACACCAUCAACCACUUCUACUGUGAUAUUGCUCCUGUUCUACAAUUAUCCUGCUCCAGUACUUCUUCUGUGGAGCUGGUCACUGCUGUGGUGGCUUUCUCCGUCCUUCUGUCAACAUUUACGUUUAUCGUAGUCAGCUAUGUCUCAAUCAUUUGGGCCAUCUUCAAGAUUUCCUCCAGUGUUGGGAGACAUAAAGCCUUCUCCACCUGCAGCUCCCACCUGAUCAUUGUGUGCAUGUACUACGGAACAUUGUCAUCCAUUUAUAUCUUCCCACCAAGAGAAAAUUCCAUAGAUCUGAACAAAAGUCUGUCCAUUCUGUACACACUGGUGACGCCAUUGUUCAACCCUCUUAUCUACAGCUUGAGGAACCAGGAUAUCAAAGCUGCCAUUUUCAAGUAUAUGACAUUUUUGGGGAAACCAAUGAAAACUUAG